CUGUACAAGUCGUGUUAGAAUACUCAUACUAACAUACUGUAUACUACAUACUUAAUGAGUAUAUACUACAUACUAUUAGUUCAUUUUAGUAUACUGUAAACGAAUGGUAUCGUUCAUGUGUUGAGCGUACUAGAGCUUCGCCUGUCUAUCAGAAGUUGAUGCUGUUGCUAUGCAACCUCUUGCUAGCUUGUUAGCAUGACAAAUGACUAGCCAGACAUUUUACGAUUUUGGGGGUGUUGGUAAAUUCAAUCUGGAGUGCCAGAGUGCGCUCUGGGCGUUCAUAAAUCAUUGUCAGAUUGUCAGUUCAUAAAUUCAGUGUUUUGCUCUCGGAGCGCACACUGGGAGCUCUGGCCAAGGGGGGUGGAUCGAGCGUUCAACGGCAGUCAAGCACCCAAGCGUUUCAAGGCUGUGUUCAAACAAUGAUUUUUCAAUGACCAGCUCAAUUAAUCCUUACCAUUGUGACAAUGAGUCGUCAUAAUGCUGCAUAAACUGUACAUUAGCCCAGGGGCGUUGGCAGACACAAUGUGAUUCUACAAUCAUGGGAAUGCCCAAACGGACCUUACCACACUACAAUUAAAAACCAGAGUGACCCUGCUGUCCUCAACAUGGUGUCGUCCAGGCUGAAGUACCUGUCUCUGUGGGUGCUGGUGUUCCAGACCACCUUCCUGGUGCUGACCAUGCGCUACUCCCGCACACUACAGGGGGACGGCCCCCGCUACCUGGCCUCCUCUGCUGUGGUGGUGGCUGAGCUCAUGAAGAUCCUCACCUGUGUGCUGCUCAUAUUCAAGGAGCACAGCUACAAUGUUCGGGCUCUGAACAGUAUUCUGAGGCAAGAGAUCACUCACAAGCCGAAAGAGACCCUGAAGCUGGCCAUUCUUUCUGGGAUCUACACCCUACAGAACAACCUGCUCUAUGUGGCUCUGUCUAACCUGGACGCUGCCACCUACCAGGUGACGUACCAGCUGAAGAUCCUCACCACAGCCCUGUUCUCAGUGUCCAUGCUGGGCCGGAGGCUGGGUGUGUACCAGUGGCUCUCCCUGCUCAUCCUCAUGGCUGGGGUCGCACUUGUGCAGUGGCCCUCUGAAUCCCUUGGGGCCCCUGAGAAGGAGCAGAUGUCUGAAGGGUCCCAGUUUGUGGGCGUGGUGGCGGUGCUGGUGGCCUGCUGCUCCAGUGGCUUCGCUGGGGUUUAUUUUGAGAAGAUCCUCAAAGAGACCAAACAGAGCGUCUGGGUCCGCAACAUCCAACUGGGAAUGUUUGGCCUGGUGUUUGGUCUGAUGGGGAUGUUUGCAUACGAUGGGGUGAGAGUCCGAGAAUCUGGGAUGUUCAAGGGAUACAACACAAUCACCUGGACAGUGGUGGUUCUGCAGGCACUAGGAGGGCUGGUUAUAGCAGCUGUCAUCAAGUAUGCAGACAACAUCCUGAAGGGCUUUGCCACGUCACUCUCCAUCAUCCUGUCAACACUCAUAUCCUACUUCUGGCUUGAGGACUUUGAACCCACAAGUGUGUUCUUCCUUGGUGCAGUACUGGUCAUCGUGGCCACCUUCCUGUAUGGCUACGAGGAUAAGCCAUCCCCCAACUCCAGCCGUGCCUAGAGGACAUCACCGAGGACCGAAGGGGAUGUCAGGGAAGAGAAAAGAAGAGGAGAAGAAAACAGUGGAGCAGAAGAGAGAAAGGAGGAGCGAAGGACACUAGCCUAGAGGCAUUGUUGACUUGGGCCUCAGACACUGUGGCCGUGUUUUCACAGGCAGCCCAAUUCUGAUAUUUUUCCCACUAAUUGGUCUUUUGACCAAUCACAUCAGAUCUUUUUCAGAGCUGAUCUGAUUGGUCAAAAGACCAAUUAGUGAAAAAAAUAUCAGAAUUGGGCUGCCUGUGAAAACGCGGCUAUAUGUAAACGCCGGUACGAUGCCUGUGUAAACGCAGCCCAAUAAGUUCCUUGACUAAAAAAGUGUGAUCAGGAAGUUGCCACCACAGAGAAAUAGACUCAUGAGUCAUGACCAAGCUCAGCAGUGUACUGGACACACCUGCCAGGCAGGUUAUUGCACUGGGUCAAAACUGGUUGGGUAGGGGCCCUGUCUUUAUAUUAUUGUCAUCAUCUUAAUAAUGAAGAUGGAUAAAACAAAGACACAGGCAGGGAAGUUUUCUGACUUGUGCAUUUCCCUGAAGGCCAUAAUGUUCACUCAUGACUUGUGACAAUAGUCCGGAUGUGUUAGACUCCACAGACAUACUGAUGAACUAUGUUACUGCUUCACUGCUGUAGACCUCUGUACUUUUCCACGCAUUGGUGUAAUGUGAUUUGUGUGUUAUUUGGGGAAGUGGGGAAGGUUGACUUUAUUACUGUAUUUACCAAUCAUUAGGAACACGAAGUCCAUAAAGGAAAUGUUUCCUACGUCAAAGACGAGUGUAUCAUUCUAUAUCACGACUCGGUUGUAACAUUGUGCGUCAUAUAAUGCUCCCUUGUAGAAGUUUUACAAGUGCUCUGAGCCAUGAUAUGAACACACACAGUCAAACGGAUGCACUCCCUAUUGUUUUUGCCACUAAUACAUUUUCUGAUUGAGCGCAUAUUGUACAUAACACCCAUGAACUGUCAAUGUGCAACUGAGGGGGGAAAUGAUUAGGUUUGCAGAGGGAUUUAAAUAGGUUCUAUAAAAAAGACACAUUUUACUUGAAUCAUUUUAUUGAAUUAAAAACACUGCUUGCAUGCAAAA